UCUACCGGAAGCAAAGAGAGAGAUGGAUUUUUAAAGAUGGCGACGUACAAAAGCUAUAUAUGUGCGGUUGCUGUGGUAUUUCUGUCAUAUUUUUACAUUGGAUGCCACGGUCGACUGCACCACCUUGUACUUAAGGAUGACAUCCGGCAAAAGGUCCAUCUCAACACCUUUGGCUUUUACAAAGAUGGUUACAUGGUUGUGAAUCUGAACAGCCUCAUGAUACACGAGGUUGACAUUAGAGAGGUUGAUAGCAGCACGCUGGGAUUUAUUUUGGACAAAACCAACAGCAAUGGGUUUGCCUCAUAUCUGGACGAUGACUCAGGGUUUUGUGUCUUGAAAAAGACACCCAAUAGUGACGCAGUGGUUCUGCUUCUGUUGGACCUCUACAAAACUGAAGUAACUAUAAAGACCUCAGCAGAGAAAGGCCUCUUUCCCCAAAUCAUACCAAUAUUGAGAGACGAUGCUGGAGUUGUAACAGAGGAAAAAACAGGAAAAGAUGACGAAGCCAAAGAGGAGAAGAAAGAUGCUGUUGAAGGUGACACCAAGGAUCCUCUGUUGGCACUUAACAAAGAAUCCAUAUAUCCACUGGAGAAGAAGGGACCCAGUUACUCCUUCAGGUUUUACUUCAAUGUCACCACUGAGGACCAACAAGGCUUAUACAACUUCUACUUCUACAACUGCUAUAGCAGGAAUGCUUUGACUGAUGUGCUUAAGUUCAGCCUUGACAUCAACAUUGAGGAGAAGAACCCCAACAGCUUCCUAUCUGCAGGGGAGAUCCCGCUGCCCAAGCUCUACAUCUUCAUGUCCAUGCUCUUCUUCAUCAUCGGCACAAUAUGGGUCCACGUGCUGCACACCAGGAGUGCUGAUGUCUAUAAAAUCCACUGGCUUAUGGCAGCUCUCCCCUUCACAAAAUCUCUUUCUUUGGUCUUCCAUGCAAUUGACUACUACUACAUCUCAAAUCAGGGUUUCCCCAUUGAGGGCUGGGCGGUUGUCUAUUACAUUACGCACCUGCUGAAGGGAGCACUAUUGUUCAUCACAAUAGCCUUGAUAGGCACUGGCUGGGCAUUCGUCAAGCAUAUUCUCUCCGACAAAGACAAAAAGAUCUUCAUGAUCGUUAUCCCUCUUCAGGUGUUGGCGAAUGUGGCCUACAUCAUCAUCGAGUCGACAGAAGAGGGCAGCAGUGAGUACGGGCUGUGGAUGGAGAUCCUUUUCCUGGUAGACCUGCUGUGCUGUGGGGCCAUCCUCUUCCCCGUAGUCUGGUCAAUAAGACAUCUGCAGGAGGCUUCAGCAACAGAUGGCAAAGCUGCUAUCAAUUUGGCCCAGCUGAAGCUAUUCAGACACUAUUAUGUGAUGAUUGUUUGUUACAUCUAUUUCACACGCAUAAUUGCCAUUCUCAUCAAAAUCAUAGUCCCCUUCCAGUGGAAAUGGCUGUACCAGCUGCUGGAUGAGUUGGCCACGCUGACCUUCUUCUUCCUGACGGGCCACAAGUUCCGUCCGGCCUCCUACAACCCCUACCUGCUGCUGUCAGUGGAGGACGAGGACGACCUGGAGAUGGACGACGUCAUUACCACAUCGACUGCCAUGGGAGAGGGAGUGAAGAAGAUUAAGAAAUUUACCAAUGGGCCGUCAGAUGAGAUGGAGAGCGUGGCAUGAUGGGAUAUCUCAGAGACGAACACCUCCAUACCUGCUGAAGGGGCCCAGAGGCGUUCGGAUGUCAUGUUGGACACUCCAUGGAUCAGGGCUCUCUCUCACCUUUCCCCCUACCCCUGUCCCUACAAAUCUCUCAGUGGACUCCUGAACCUCCCAUGUCUUAAAAAAAAGUGUCCCUCCUCUUAUUCCAGUGCUUAUGUACAGUCAACCUCUGUAAAAGAGUACAAUAAUUUUUGGGGAUUCCCCAAUGAGAUACAAUUAUCUUCCAUAGGAACGGUCACUAUAGUUACAACAGAUAUGCUUAGUUGCUGCUUUUUUGUCCCGUAACAACCUGAUGUUUAGUUUUUGGUUUUUUUGCCACCUUUUCAAUUUUUUUUGCAAAUGGAUCUCAGAUGUUGGUGAAGGCAUACUUGCACAGUCAGCUGAACCAUAUGCACAAAUAAUAUAUCCUGAAGGUUACCGGAGGAUUUUUUAUUAUUAUUAUUAUUUUCCUUUUAUUUAUAUAUUAUUUUUUACUGAUGUACUUUCAAAGGAGAGAGUAUGUAAAACUGGUUUGGAUUAAUAUGGGAUGGUGCAAAUAAGACUAGCCCAAACUGCACUGAUCUGUACGCGUGUCACUUUUGGGAUCAAGUGACAAUAUAGUGAGUCCUAAUGGGGAGAAAGUGUUGCGGUACUCCAGUUGCCCUGAUGGGUCCAUAUUCAAGUGCAACAUCUCAACUUUUCUGGUUGAAGACAUUGAUAUUUCUUCUUUUUUUUGUUUUUUACUGUUGUUAAAUUUGUUUUACCAGCUUGUGAAUAUUUAUCCACUGCUGUGUGUGAUGGCUGUGGUUAAUUCUUGUACUUUGAGUUGUUUUUUUUCCUUCCUUGAGAUAACAUUUACAGGUUAUUUGGUAGCACUUUACUCAAUGCCUGUGCCAUACGUAUGACAUGACGGUGUCAUAACUGUGUUAAAACAGUCAAAGUUCACAUUGUUUGGGCUGUCCUUACCAUAAACAAAGGUCACCGUGUUAAAAGAUGUUUGACAUUGACAUUAUGGCACGUCCAUGACUGUGUCACUGUUUUGACACCGUCAUGUCAUAGCCUACGUAUGCUGGCGUCAAGUAAAGUGCUACAUUUAUAUGGGCCUUUGAUCAUUUAUAACACGAUUUUUAACAGUAUUUUCAUGCAAAAAAAGCAUUUAAUGGCUUUUACGUAAUGCUGCCUAAUUUGCAAAUCUUAGUGCGUUUGGAAAACACUAUUUAUUCAGUAUUAGCUUUUGCAGGUGUUAAAUUAUUUUUUGGGGUCUUCUGUAUAAGAGAAUGUUGAAUGUACGCCAUGGAGUGAUGGCCAGAACGUUAAUGCUCACAUAUUUUUUUGGUACAAGAAAUAUUGCGGGUAUGUUGCACUGGAGUGUUGUGUUGCAGCCAAAACUUCAUAUGGUAUCAGCUAGAUUGAGCUUCUGCAUACUAAGGAAGCAGACUCGCUUGUUCAAGUCAAAACACUGAUGUAAGUUUUUGUAUAUUGUACUGCACAUUUUUUUUCAAGCUUCAUUUUCAGUUUGUUUCUUAUGGAGAAAUGAAGUAAAAUAUUGAAGAUUUUUUGUUUUUGUUUUUUUGGAACAGUAAUGAAAAUGUCUUCUGUUUUAUGCAUAAAGUUGUUUUUGAAGUGUA